AACAUGAACACCACGACAUCGAGAAUCAAAGUUAGCCCAAUAGUUAUGAGACUCCCUACUAGUUUUUACCUUCCGCAACUCGAUUAUACACAAAGGAUUCUCCAAUCUCUCUAAAUUUCCCCAUCCAAAAAAAUAAAAACCAAAAAAAUAAAAAUAGAACAGGGUUUUCAAUUUUCAUGAUAGUUACAAACAAUUCCCUUAAACCCUUGCUCUCUUUAUGACAAUCUAACCAAGGUUUCCACGUUCUUCAUUGGAGAAGCUUGUAAAUUUCAUGGAUUUCAUACUGUGGCAGUAAUUAAAUGAAGAUAAUGGCAGGUUCGUUGGAAUCAAAUGAAGAUUAAAAGAGAAGUUAGUGUUUUUUCAUUGUUGAAAAAAUUCAGAAGUGGGUGUCAAAUGUUGUCACAAAUUGAAUGGAUUUCAGCUUAUGGGUCUCAAUUAUCAGCAGCCACCAUCUUGGGUAUGGUUGGUUUGCUACUGGCUGUUAGAGAUGGCAGAAUUGGAAGUUUCAACAGUUUGCUAUGGCUUUCAGCAAGAACUAAUGCUUCUGAGAAGCCAUUAAUUGUACCCGGGUUGCGAAAUUUGGGGAAUAAUUGUUUCCUCAAUGUAGUUUUACAGUCACUUGCUAGUUGUUCAAGUUUUAGGUGUUUCCUUGAAGAUGUUCAAUCGCAGGCGUUGUCUACAAUGGAGGAGGAUGAAGAUUUGCCCCUUUUGGUAUCUUUGGCUGAUAUAUUAGAAGAAUUGAGCACACUUCAGGUGAAAAGUAGACCGUUGAACCCACACAAAGUGAUGGCAUCAAUGCAGCAAUAUAUCCCGCAGUUUCAAUUGUCAAACCAACAGGAUGCAGCAGAAGCAUUUCUUCAUCUUCUCUCCUGUUUAAGAGACGAAUUAUCAGAGUCUUAUAUGCCAAACUGUGGUUCCUUAGCAGAUUUGGCUGCCCCUACCAGUCGAAUACUCGCUUUCGAGAGGAUAGACGACAUAAAGGAGCCAGAAAGGUGGCAGCAGCAAUAUCUUGGGCCUUUUAAUGGGAUACUUAGCAGCUUCCUGACCUGCCGUAGCUGUUCUUCUGAGAUCAUGAUGGAUUUUGGUUUCUUUCAUACCUUGUCUCUCUCCCCAGUUCCCAGCUCUGGUGCUUCAAUGCUCGAUAGAUUUACGCUAGAGGAUUGCAUUAAGAGAUUCCUGUCUCCUGAACAUGUUGAGAACUAUUCCUGCAGUCGCUGUUGGCAUAUUGCUGCAACUAAAUUUUUAUCUUCUGUUGGAGGGCAGCAGGAAGACAUAAGCAAAUUAAGUUGUUGUAGUGAGCAAGAUUCUUGUGACUGCCAGAAGUUAUCAUCACUUCAGGCCCUUCCUUGGUCAAAUCGCUUUUCACAUGCUUUUAAACAACUCAGUAUUGCUCAUUGUCCACAGAUUCUUUGCCUCCAUCUCCAGCGCAGUUCAUUAAAUGCAUUUGGAGAGCUUGUUAAAAUUCAGGGUCAUAUAUAUUUUCCAAUGAUCCUGAAUCUUUCAUCCUUCGUUAAACGCGAGGUUGGCAUUCAAAAGCGAGAAAUAAAUAAGCCAAAAAGACUGACAGAUCAGCAGCCAUUUCCGGUAUCGACCUCUCAUCCUAAAAGUGUCGACAGGCAUUCAGAUCUCACGAUAGUCAAGAAUGAUACAUCACAGUAUUUUCCAGAGCCUUGUUCGUCACUGACCGGAACCUGCUCCGACACAGAAUUCGUUCAUACUCUUAAGGUUACUGAUUCACCACCUCCCAAAGAUAUUCUGUAUCGCCUUGUUUCUGUUGUGGAACACUUCGGAAAAGCUGGGAGUGGUCAUUAUACAGUAUAUAGAGGAGUUAAAAGUCAAGUGGAAGACGGUGUCGAUGUUAGAGAAACUGAUACUCCUUCGCAAAAAACGCGAUGGUUUCGCAUUUCAGAUUCAGAAGUACAUAAUGCUUCAGAAGAAGAUGUUCUUGGUGCAGAAGCUACCUUGCUCUUCUACGAGAGAAUUUGAGCUAACAGCUUCAGCUAAUGGUGUUUCUGUGAAACCUGAAUUAAGGCUUUAUUGCUGACUAGAAUAUAUACGUGUUGUAUACUGGACUAGAAGUUUAGACCCUUUUUUAUCAAUUUUUUUUUGUUCACUUCUAACAUAUUGAUAUUUUCUUCUUUAAAGGAAGUAUAGCGUAAAUAUAUUAUCA